AUGUCGCUUGACGACGAGCCCGCGGCGCCUGUUCCAGAUCCGGGCGCUGCGGGCCCCAUUUCGGACCCGGACAUGAGGCUGCAGCCGCUCCUGGAGCGGUUUUCCCGGCAGGAGGAGCUUUUGGAGAUCCUGGUUCGGGACAUGCAGCUUCUGCUCCCGCCGAUGCCAGAGGCGCGGGACAUCCAGCCCUGGCUUGGCGACGUGCCGCAAGAGGGCGAUGUUCAGAUUCCGGACGCGGGGCUUGUGCCUACCAAGGCGCGGGACAUGGAGUUGCCCCUAGAGGCCGACAUUCAGAUGAACGCAGAGCCAGUGCCCGCAAAGGCUCGGGACAUGGAGCUGCCCCUAGUGGAGGCCGAAGUUCAGAUUGAAGCGGAGCUGGUGCCCGAGAAGGCUCGGGACACCCAGUUCCUGCUCCAGAUCGCGAAGGGUGUGGAGACGGUGCCCGCCCUUUGGCGUCCUUUCGCGGAACUGGGGGUUCCCGAGGAGGUGAAGGCCGCCCUCUCCCCCGGAAGCGCGGCUCUGGCAGAGGCCGGGGACUAG